GCAACGAACUGUCCUAUGUUUUUGAAUUCCGUUAUUUAAAAAUCAGAAAAUUCAUGAAUUUUAGGUGUUUGAAAUUAGUGAAAAGAAUAAGUGCUUGUGUCGAAAGUUUUCCGGAUAGUGUUCGAUUUUCAUGCUUCGCGUCGUGUAUUCUACUCUGGUGAUUUUACUAAUUCCGAGAAUUCGUUUUACAUGAGCUUGGCCGGCGGUGUUUACGCGCUUCCGUGAUUUUAUUCAAAACGACCCGUAAAAUGGUUGGUGAAGAAUCAAAAAUACGCGUCGUGAUUCGGGUGCGGCCGAAUAACCGGCGUGAGUUGGAACAAAGUCAGCGUACGGUUGUGAAAGUGAUUGAUCAAGAGACCAUCCUAUUUGAUCCUGAUGAGGACGAGGAUGAAUUCUUCUUCCAAGGCGUCAAACAAAACCACAGGGACAUCACGAAGCGUACGAAUAAGAAAUUAAACAUGGAAUUCGACAGGAUUUACAGCGAGGAGGAUAAUAAUGAAACUAUAUUCGAAGAAUGCACGAAACCGUUGGUGACGUCUGUUAUGAAUGGAUAUAAUUGCUCGGUAUUUGUUUAUGGCGCAACAGGUGCAGGAAAAACAUUCACCAUGCUAGGAAGCGAUUACAGCCCCGGUCUUACGUUCCUUACAAUGCGGGAACUUUUCAAUCAAAUCAAUGCUCUUCGCGAUGAACGAAAAUUUGACAUUGGAAUUAGUUAUUUGGAGGUGUAUAAUGAACAAGUUAUGAACCUUUUGACAAAGACUGGACCCCUAAAACUAUGCGAAGAUUCCCAUGGCGUUGUUGUCAGUGGUUUGGUUUUAAAACCAAUAUUCAAUGCGGAAGAGCUCAUAAACCUGCUUACACUGGGAAAUAAGAAUCGAACACAACAUCCAACAGACGCAAAUGCAGAAAGUAGUCGUAGUCAUGCUGUAUUUCAAGUGCAUAUUCGAAUGACUGAAAAAAAGACUGGACAGAAGCGUACUGUUAAAUUAUCGAUGAUUGAUUUGGCUGGAAGCGAAAGGGCUGCGAGUACUAAAGGGAUCGGUGUCAGAUUCAAAGAAGGAGCUAGUAUCAAUAAGUCGCUUUUAGCCCUGGGAAAUUGUAUAAACAAGCUGGCAGAUGGUUCAAAACAUAUUCCUUACAGAGAUUCGAAUUUGACUCGAUUGUUGAAGGACAGUUUAGGGGGAAAUUGCCAAACAGUCAUGAUAGCAAAUGUGUCUCCAUCAUCGUUGACCUAUGAAGAUACAUAUAACACAUUGAAGUACGCCAGCCGAGCGAAGAAAAUUCGCAUUGUCCUCAAACAGAAUAUACUGCGCACCAACAUGCCCAAAGAUUACUUCAUUAAAAAGGCUACUGAUCUACAGCAUGAAAUUGAAAAACUGAAGAAUCUCAACAAACAGUUAGAAGAGAAACUGCAACAACAACAAACCGGUAGGCUAUUUUCAAACCUGAGGGAGGAAGACACUAAAGUUUUUUUUUCAGAUUCUAAACCAUUCGAUGAGAUGCUACUCAACUCGUGGUUCGAUAAGAUUGAUGCAUCGUAUUCAGCCCUUUUCAAGGUGCAGGAACCAAUUAUGAAUGCGCAAAGUAAAGAGAGAAUUCUGUACUACAGGGGAAAACUGAAGGAGUGCGCCGAAAGGGGGAUGGCUGAGCUCAGUUUGGAUGGAGUAACAGUAGACGAGGAAAUGAAACGCAUGGAUGCCUCCAUAGAUCGAUUCAGUAAACAGGCAGAAAAAAUGAGAGAGGAAUUGGUACGUUGGUCCAUAAGGCACACCGAUGCACAGAAUGCAAUUGAACGACUUCGUAAGGAAUGCCAGGAAUCAAAAUAUGCUGCCAUACUGAAACGCUAUUUGCGGGGCAAAGAUAGCGAACUUGAAGCAUUACGAGAAAAAAUUAUAUACGGACAUAUGAAAAAAAUCGUAAGAAUCUUCCGUGAUGAAACCAAGUAUUUACGGGAGACUCUCCAGCUUGCAUUACAAAUAAUUAAAGAAAGUUAUCCUCUGGUUCGAGAGCGGAAACUUGUUUCUUCACAAUUCCAAGAGAAAAUGGAAAAAUUGGUUCGUUUGAAUUAUGGUCAACGAGACAUUAAAUUCUCCAGUGAUGAAAGUGGGAGCGAUUUUGAAGAGAAGGAAGAUUGCUUCAAUAAAUGUCUAAACAGCCCGGACGUCCCUAUCAGAAACGGAAUAAAAAGGGGAAAUAGUGACGACGAGAAACAUGGGGAACACCAAAUGAACCGAAAAUUAUUUAAAGCGGACAAUAACAUUGGCGGCAGUGAAAAUGAUUUGCCUUCUUUUAAAAUCGAACCCCUAUAUGAAGCAGAAAACCUCAACGAGACGCAUGUCGUUGCCCCUGGGUCCAGGGAAAUGGGUGUGGAUGUGAAUAGUACAUUCCAGGUGCCGUCAUCAUCAUUGGCUCGAAAUAAAGAAAUAUAUAAAGGGAUCUUGAUGGAUCAAAAUGUCAAUGUGACUAACAAAGGUGUAUUGAGCAAGGCUUUGAUGAAAAGCCACGUAGGGCCACAAAAAAUUAUGAACAGAGUCGCAAUUGCCGUUAAUAAGGAGAAUAGUAAGAAAUUCAGCCCUAGCAAAGUAAAGAAAAGUCCAAGACCUGUUUCGCGAACAGUAACGAGCCGAGCUCUAGCGUCAGCGGCGAAUUUUAUCAACAGGCAACGUACAAAAAGCCAAACAAACAAUUUCAAUGAAAUUGACAACAAAGCGCCACACAUUCAUAGGACAGUAUCAAUGCGCAUGAAAAAACCCCCACCGCCGUUAGAUUAAAAACGGAAAACUAUUUUAUUAUUUUAAUUUAGUUACUAACUCUCUUACCAGUAAGCUUAAAAAUAUAUGAAAUCAUCAAUAUCAUUUUUUAUGUGCUUGUAUUCAGUUAAUAUGUUGGAAUAUUUAUUUAAAGCGUUUUUUAUAUUCUACUUUGCAUGUGCUUACUCUAAUUACUUAUAUGCAUAUAUUUUAUGAGUUUUUAUACUAAAAACAAAGUGGAACUUUCUCAAGCCAGUUUCUAUUGCAAUGCUGUGAACAUUCUCUCUUGAGUGGUUUAUGUAAAUAUACAGAGUUUUAUUAAUACUACGAACCUAUAUUUGGUAUACUUCGGAUUAACAAGCAAGCUUAUGAUAAUAAAUGCUUUGAUAGACGAUUGAACUUAUGUUUUGAAGAUCAUUAAAAGAUGAAUGAA